UCACCCCGCCCGGCGGCUGGGCCGGAAGGGGCGCGGGCCUCUGCCAAGUUUCUCCCGGCAGGUUGGGCCCUGCGGCCCCGGUUUGGUUGUCAUGAGGGCGGUUGCCGCAGCGACGAAGGGGUGGCGGCUGCUGCUGGUGCUGAGCACCGCGGGGAUCGCGGCCGCCGGCGCUCGGCAGCCCCCCAACAUCCUGGUGCUGCUCAUGGACGACAUGGGGUGGGGCGACCUGGGGGUGUACGGAGAACCUUCCAGAGAGACUCCAAAUUUGGACCAGAUGGCUGCAGAAGGGAUGCUUUUCCCAAACUUCUACUCUGCCAACCCUCUGUGCUCGCCAUCCAGGGCAGCCCUGCUCACAGGACGGCUGCCCAUCCGCAACGGCUUCUACACCACCAAUGCGCACGCCCGGAAUGCCUACACGCCCCAGGAGGUAGUGGGCGGCAUCCCCGACUCUGAGCUCCUGCUGCCUGAGCUCCUGAAGGAAGCCGGCUACACCAGCAAGAUCGUGGGCAAGUGGCAUCUGGGUCAUAGGCCCCAGUUCCACCCCCUGAAGCACGGAUUUGAUGAGUGGUUUGGAUCCCCCAACUGUCACUUUGGACCUUAUGACAACAGGGCCAGGCCCAACAUCCCUGUGUAUAGGGACUGGGAGAUGGUCGGCAGAUUUUAUGAAGAAUUUCCAAUCAACCUGAAGACUGGGGAGGCCAACCUCACCCAGAUCUACUUAGAGGAAGCCCUGGAUUUCAUCAGGAGGCAGCAGGCCAGGCAACGCCCGUUCUUCCUCUACUGGGCCAUCGACGCCACCCACGCGCCUGUCUACGCCUCCAGAUCUUUCUUGGGUACCAGCAGGCGAGGGCGGUAUGGGGACGCCGUUCGCGAGAUCGACGACAGUGUUGGGAGAAUCCUGAGGCUGCUGCGGGAGCUGCGCCUCGGGGAGAACACCUUCGUCUUCUUCACCUCGGAUAACGGCGCUGCCCUCAUUUCUGCUCCCGAGCAAGGUGGCAGUAAUGGCCCCUUUCUGUGUGGGAAACAGACCACAUUUGAAGGUGGAAUGAGGGUGCCUGCGAUCGCGUGGUGGCCCGGGCACAUCCCUGCAGGCCAGGUGAGCCACCAACUGGGCAGCAUCAUGGACCUUUUCUCCACCAGCCUGUCCCUCGCAGGCCUGAAGCCGCCCCGUGACAGGGCUGUCGACGGCCUCGACCUCCUUCCUGCCAUUCUGCAGGGCCAGCUGAUGGACAGGCCGAUGUUCUAUUACCGUGGCAAUACACUGAUGGCGGUCACUCUUGGCCUGUACAAGGCCCACUUCUGGACUUGGACCAACUCCUGGGAGGAGUUUAAACAGGGCAUCGACUUCUGCCCUGGGCAGAACGUCUCAGGAGUCACAACUCACACCCAAGAAGAGCACACAAAGCUGCCCCUGAUGUUCCACCUGGGACGAGACCCUGGGGAGAGGUACCCGCUCAGCUUUGGCAGUGCCGAGUACCAGGACGCCCUUGGCAGAAUCACCCCAGCUGUCCAGCAGCACCAGGAGGCCUUGGUCCCUGGACAGCCCCAGCUCAAUGUGUGCAACCAGGCAGUCAUGAACUGGGCACCUCCAGGCUGUGAAAAGUUAGGCAAGUGUCUGAGGCCUCCAGAGUCUGUCCCAGAGAAGUGCUCCUGGCUCCAUUAGCACCUGCUUGAACCCAGAAUCUCCACAGACCCUGCAGGUGCCCAAGAGCAGGAAGUGUCUGGCCUCUGCCAAGCGCUCACUGCCAGACAGCACCUGCAGCCAGCAGCAGGGCCUGCCAGAGACCUGGUUCUAGAGUCCACUCCUCAUUGCUCCUCCCCACCCACCUGGCCCUGCAGCCCAUCAUCUCGGCUGGCUCUGAAGGAGGCCACAGGCUGACUGCUGCCUCCCCUGCUCCUGCGUGUUUCCAUCUCAGUGAUGAAGGAUUGAUGGCAGUGGUGUGAUUGGAUUCUGAGCCCCUCUGUGCUACUAGGGUGCUCUCCACACCACCCCACAGGGCUGUGGACAGCGGGGAUAGGGAGGAGGCAGACACUCCACCCCACAUUGGACGCCCAUGCCACUUCUGUGGAGGGUGUCGGUGUCCKUGGCUCUCUGCCCGGGCUCAGCACWCUGAUUCUGUCUGCUGUGAGCCCACCUGUCUCAAGGCAGGUGGGAGCCGCCUUCCAUGAGUGGGUUCUCCCAUCUGUGCCGUUCUGCCCAAACAAAUCGUAAAAGUUGGGAAGUGUCGAAGAAAUCGGCUCAUAAUAAAGAACAAAACCUGUUUUAACUUUGUCGACUUGGGGUGUAGACGGAGACUGCAC